AUGCGGGACCAUGCCAUCCAGGAGGGACUGGCCUGGGAGGAUAACGGCCUGGGCCCGGAGGCACGGUGGACACGGGACCCCGACAUUCGGGCCAUCACUCGAGUCUGCCGCCGCCAUCUGGGCAUUCCCGCCGACGCUGCCGAAUCUGACUUUGUGGUUUCCUUCUACAGCGACGGCGCCUACAACAAGCUGUACAAUGUGCGCACGCCGAAUGGGCAGUUCGUCAUGCGCGUGGCCCUGCCGGUCGACCCGCAGAACAAGACCCGCGGCGAAGCGGCCACGCUGCAAUUGCUUGCGAGAAAGAUUCCCGAUGUGCCUGUCCCCCAGCUCGUCGCCUUCGACGAUACAAGGCGCAACGAGAUCGGCUAUGAAUGGCUGCUGAUGAGCAGGUUACCCGGCACGCCGGCGUACUAUCGCUGGCGCAAGAUGACGAUGGAGCAAAAGGAAGCAUUGACGGCGCGCAUUGCUGCCUUUCAUGCGCAGCUGCUACGCUGUGGCAGCGUUGGCGAGGGAUUUCGCGGGAUUGGGACGCUCGGCGCAAGGUGCGAUGACAGCGAUAUCGACACGGCCAUCACCCCCGACAGUGUUGCCGAGCCUGGGCAGGUCGUCACGCCGUUUUUCUUUGCUGGCCCGCGAUUCCACUACCCUAUUCGACGAGGACCGUUUCGGUCGAGUCAUGACUGGCUGCGGACACAGCUGAACGUUAUUAUCAAGGAACAGACGGCCGCGCUGUCGCAGGCGCAGAACGAUGACGACAAGGAGUAUGCUGAAACGGCGCUGCGAGUGGCGCGCAAGCUGCUGCGCAUUCUGCAUAAGAUAUUCCCGGCGAUCGUCAACCCCCCGGAGCGGACGGUACUCUGGCACGAUGACCUCACGCUGCGCAACAUCCUAGUCGACAACCAGGGCAACCUGACCGGCAUUGUGGGAUGGUUCGUCUCUGACACUCACUUACUUUCAUACUUGAUAUCUGCUGACAAGCCCAGGGAAUGCGUCUCGACAGUCCCCCGAUGGGUCGCCUCGCAGGUUCCCGAAUUUUUACGAGGAGCCGAGCGCGAGACCAAGCCCGACCGCAACUGCUACACCGACGUUAGCGAUAAAGGCAGCGAGGCGGGGGAUGAGGAUGGCGGCGACGACACCGAGGACCUCGACAACGAGGGAAAGACAGAACUGUACUGGAUUCACCUGAUGGAAUACGAACAGACGCAGCUGCGCAAGGUGUACUGCGAGCACAUGCGCCGGCUGCGCCCAGACUGGGACCUGGAGGUUGAGGAGGGCGCGCUCAAGGUGGACUUCCUGAAUGCGAUAACUAAGUGUGGCUCGGGAUUCUAUCUCAGGCGCAUCGAGCAGUGGGUGGAUGCCCUGGAGAGACGGGAGUUCUUCCCGCUGUUGGAGGUGUUGCGCGUCGGCAUCAAGAAGGAUAAAAAGGAUAAGAAUAAUGCCACAAAAUCGGAACGUGGCAUGACAUGA